AUGGAGAAAAUCAUCUACGACUUCUACUCUGAUCUCUUCGACAGCCAUGUCCACUUGCCUCCUCACCAUCUGGGGGAAGACGAACAUUUCAUUGCAGAGGUGCUCCCGUCCGAAAUACGACAUGCUAUCAUGUCGGUAAAAAAUCGAACGGCACCCGGUCCCGACAGAAUAAGACCAGAACAAUUGAAGCCAGAAGACUUCCGCCAGUACACCCUGGCGAGGCUCUCUACAAGUUACCUUGUAGGUUUCUCGGAAUGCAAGGUUCCUCAACAGUGGAAGACCAGGAAGACCGUGUUGUUUUACAAAAAGGGAGAUCCACAUAACAUUGGCAACUAUCAUCCAAUCUGCUUACUGUCCGUCAUCUACAAGCUCUUUACAAGAGUGAUCCUUAAUAGGAUUGAAAAAGUCUUGGAUGAAGGACAGCCAUGCGAGCAAGCAGAGUUUCGAAAAGGAUUCAGCACGAUUGACCACAUUCACACUGUUUCGAAGCUCAUCGAGGUAUCACGAGAGUACAAGAUGCCGCUCUGUCUCACCUUCACCGACUUGAAGAAGGCCUUUUACUCAGUUGAGACGGAAGCGGUCGUGGAAGCCUUGGACAACCAAGGCGUCCCUACUCAGUACAUAAAGGUACUUCGAGAGUUGUACAGUAACUUCACGACCGGAAUUUCGCCAUUCUACAAGAACAUCAUCAUUGACGUGAAGAGGGGUCCGACAGGGUGA